AUGGCCGUCGAAACACUCGCCCGACCACCCACCUUCAAACCUCGAAAACGGGUCCGCAGGACCGCUACAUCUGUCCUCACUGGCUACUUCGAUCCUCGUCCUCAUCGCGAUGUGUUGACGAGCUUAUUGAACGGAGUUGCUCCAUAUACUCCACUUGGGCCUGACGAAGACGAAAUACGGCGCCAGAGGAAGAGGGAUAAAAAAGCACGCGAGAAAGAGCAACGGCGGGCUCUUCAAGAAGCCACAGGCGAAGGCAUUGGCGUUCAAACCGAGGCACUCCCUCAUGCCUCGACUUCAUCCGCCUAUUGGAACGCCAGACCUGCUAUACACAUUGCCACCUUACAGCGGUCGCGUUCAGAAACGCCACCCCCGUUACCCGCUUACUUGUCCGCCUUGCCCUCGACUCCAGCCUCGACGCCAAGUCCAUCCGAGUCGUCGAGCACGUCACGAACGUCCUCGAAACGACCCAGAACUCCCGAUGACGAUGAAGAUUUAGUCAGAGUCAUCCAUCGCCCACCACCUCCUCGUAAACCACGCCCUGCUGUCAGAAAAGGAUGGAAGGGCUGGGUUGAGGGCUCCCCACCACCCUCGGAAAAACUUAUCAAUCUCGAUGCAGUGCCUAUUCUCCAGGAACGGCGCACGCGUAGUGGCAAGAAUUUCGACGCCAUUGGUGUCGGAAAGGAAGGCUGGGUUUAA